AUGCAGGCAUCACCAGUUAACAUCAUUGUUGGCUCUCAUGUAUGGGUUGAGGAUCCAGUCUUGGCAUGGGUUGAUGGACAAGUGAACCGGAUAGAUGGCCAAGAUGUUCACGUUCAAACUAAAAAUGGAAAAAAGGUUGUUGCAAACAUCUCAAAAGUGUUUCCAAAGGAUACUGAAGCUCCACCUGGAGGUGUAGAUGAUAUGACUAAGCUUUCAUAUUUACAUGAACCUGGAGUUCUGCAAAACCUCGCUGCUAGAUAUGAACUUAAUGAAAUAUAUACAUAUACUGGAAAUAUUCUGAUCGCAAUAAACCCUUUCCAAAGAUUACCUCAUCUAUAUGAUACUCACAUGAUGGAGCAAUACAAAGGGGCAUCCCUUGGCGAGCUUAGUCCUCAUGUUUUUGCAAUUGCUGAUGUUGCUUACAGGGCAAUGAUCAAUGAAGGGAAGAGCAACUCCAUUUUAGUUAGUGGUGAAAGUGGUGCUGGUAAAACUGAAACGACGAAAAUGCUGAUGAGGUAUCUUGCAUACUUGGGUGGUCGUUCUGGAGUGGAAGGACGGACAGUUGAACAACAAGUUUUAGAAUCAAACCCAGUGCUUGAAGCAUUUGGAAAUGCCAAAACUGUCAGGAACAACAACUCUAGUCGUUUCGGUAAAUUUGUUGAAAUCCAAUUUGACCAAAGUGGGAGAAUAUCUGGAGCCGCUGUUAGAACUUACUUGUUGGAGAGAUCUCGUGUUUGCCAAAUUUCUGAUCCUGAAAGAAACUACCAUUGCUUCUACCUUCUAUGUGCAGCACCACCUGAGGAAAGAGAGAAGUAUAAGCUGGAAAACGCAAAAUCAUUUCAUUAUCUGAACCAGUCUAAGUGUUAUAAACUCGCUGGAGUAAGUGAUGCUGAAGAAUACCUUGCAACCAGAAGGGCAAUGGAUAUAGUUGGGAUCAGCGAGGAAGAGCAGGCUGCUAUAUUCCGGGUUGUUGCAGCAAUCCUUCAUCUUGGUAAUAUUGAGUUUUCCAAGGGAAAGGAAAUUGAUUCUUCUGUGAUUAAGGACGAGAAGUCAAGGUUUCAUCUCAAUACGACUGCCGAAUUACUCAGGUGUGACCCAGGGAGCUUAGAAGAUGCACUGAUUAAGCGGGUGAUGGUGACACCUGAGGAAGUUAUCACAAGAACUCUUGAUCCAGAGGCUGCCUUGGGCAGCAGGGAUGCUUUGGCAAAGACAAUAUAUUCUCGUUUGUUUGACUGGAUUGUGGAAAAAAUAAAUAACUCCAUUGGACAAGACCCUAACUCAAAAGCAAUAAUAGGAGUUCUUGACAUAUAUGGCUUUGAAAGUUUUAAGCACAACAGCUUUGAGCAGUUCUGUAUUAAUUUCACCAAUGAAAAACUGCAGCAGCACUUUAACCAGCAUGUAUUCAAGAUGGAACAAGAAGACUAUGAGAAAGAACAAAUAAACUGGAGCUACAUAGAGUUUGUUGAUAACCAAGAUGUUCUUGAUCUAAUUGAGAAGAAACCUGGAGGAGUAAUUGCCCUGCUUGAUGAAGCUUGUAUGUUUCCUAAAUCUACUCAUGAAACGUUUGCUCAGAAGUUAUAUCAGACAUAUGCCAAACAUAAGCGCUUCAUCAAACCGAAACUCUCACGGACCAAUUUUACUAUAGCUCAUUAUGCAGGGAAGGUCACAUAUUUGGCAGAUCUGUUCCUGGAUAAGAACAAAGAUUAUGUGGUGGCAGAACAUCAAGACUUAUUAACAGCUUCAAAGUGUGCUUUUGUAGCUGGUUUAUAUCCCGCUCUUCCUGAAGAAUCAUCAAAAUCCUCCAAAUUUUCUUCGAUAGGGUCACGUUUUAAGUUACAACUACAAUCUUUAAUGGAGACGUUGAAUUCAACAGAACCUCAUUACAUCAGAUGUGUGAAACCAAACAAUGUUCUUAGGCCAGCCAUUUUUGAGAAUCUUAACAUAAUUCAACAACUGCGAUGUGGUGGUGUUCUUGAAGCUAUUAGAAUCAGCUGUGCUGGAUACCCCACUAGACGUACAUUUGAUGAAUUCCUUAUCCGGUUUGGUGUUCUUGCUCCUGACGUUUUGGAUGGGAACAUUGAUGACAAAGCUGCAUGCCAGGUGAUUUUGGAUAAGAUGGGACUAACGGGCUACCAGUUAGGUAAGACAAAGGUUUUCCUACGAGCUGGUCAGAUGGCUGAGCUGGAUGCUAGGAGAGCUGAGGUUCUUGGAAGUGCAGCCAGAACAAUUCAAAGGCAAAUACGUACAUACAUUGCUCGGAAAGAUUUUGUUGUAUUGCGCCAAGCUGCCAUUCAGUUGCAAUCAUGUUGGCGAGCUAUAUCCGCUUGCAAUUUGUAUGAGCAAUUGCGACAAGAAGCUGCUGCAAUCAAGAUUCAGAAGAACUUCAGAUGCUUCAUUGCCAGGGUAUCCUACUCAACGUUGCAGAAUUCGACUAUCAUAGUGCAGACUGGCAUGAGGGCAAUGACUGCUCGCAAUGAAUUCAGAUUCAGGCAACACACUAAGGCUGCUAUCAAAAUUCAGGCUCAAAUUCGUUCUCACCGAGAAUAUAGUUAUUAUAGAAACCUUCAAAAGUCUGCUAUUGUAACUCAAUGUGGCUGGAGGCGACGUAUCGCUAGGAGAGAGCUCCGACAGCUGAAAAUGGCUGCAAGGGAAACAGGGGCCCUAAAAGAAGCGAAGGACAAGUUAGAAAAGAAAGUUGAGGAGCUUACAUGGCGCGUGCAGUUUGAGAAACGAUUGAGGACUGAGCUGGAGGAAACAAAAGCACAAGAGAUUGCAAAGUUACACGAGGCAUUGCAGUCAAUGCAAAUACAAGUGGAAGAUGCAAAUGCCAGAGUGAUAAAAGAACAAGAAGCAGCACGGAAAGCAAUUGAAGAAGCUCCUCCAGUCAUUAAAGAAACCCCAGUCAUGGUCCAAGACACGGCAAGGAUUGAUGCAUUAACAGCUGAAGUUGAAAGUCUGAUGUCGUUGCUGCUGUCAGAAAAACAGGCUGCAGAAGAAGCUAAAAAGUCUGCUGCAGAUGCUGAGGCCAGAAACAAGGAGUUGGCUAAAAAAUUAGAGCAAGCUGAGGGAAAACUGGAUCAGCUUCAAGAUUCUGCGCAAAGGCUUGAAGAGAAGCUAUCAAAUCUUGAAUCGGAGAAUCAAGUACUUCGUCAACAAGCUCUGACCAUGUCACCUACAGGGAGGUCCAUAUCUGCCCGGCCCAGGACGACUAUUAUUCAGAGAACUCCGGAGAAUGGACAUAUACUAAAUGGAGAAACAAAGUUUGUACAUGAAACUACCCUUGUUGUGGGAACUCCAAAGGAGACUGAAUCCGAGGAAAGGCCGCAGAAAUCUCUUAAUGAUAAGCAGCAAGAAAACCAGGACCUCCUGAUAAAGUGCAUUUCACAAGAUUUGGGAUUUUCGGGUGGCAAACCAGUUGCAGCUUGUGUCAUUUACAAAAGCCUUCUCCACUGGAGGUCAUUUGAGGUUGAGAGGACUAGUGUGUUUGACCGCAUUAUUCAAACUGUCGCUUCAGCAGUAGAGGUUCCUGAUAAUAAUGAUGUAUUAGCUUACUGGUUAUGUAAUGCAUCCACACUGUUGAUGCUACUUCAACACACCCUCAAAGCAAGUGGAGCAGCUAGCUUGACCCCCCAAAGGCGAAGGACAUCAUCAGCUUCUCUUUUUGGAAGGAUGUCGCAGGGUUUGAGAGCAUCUCCACAGAGUUCAUUUCUCAACAGCCGGCUGCUUGGUAGACUUGAUGACUUGAGGCAGGUUGAAGCCAAGUAUCCUGCGUUGUUGUUUAAGCAGCAACUCACUGCUUUCCUGGAGAAGAUAUAUGGAUUGAUCAGGGACAAUCUGAAGAAAGAGAUUUCCCCUUUGCUUGGUUUAUGUAUCCAGGCCCCCAGAACAUCCCGUGCUAGGUUAGUGAAAGGACGCUCACAAGCAAAUGCUGUUGCUCAACAAGCACCAAUUGCUCAUUGGCAGACCAUUGUGAAAAACCUGGACAAUUACUUGAAGAUUAUGAAAGCAAAUUAUGUUCCUGCUUUCUUACUCCGAAAGAUUUUCACUCAAACAUUCUCGUUUAUCAAUGUCCAAUUAUUCAACAGUCUUCUUUUACGGCGCGAGUGUUGCUCAUUCAGCAAUGGAGAGUAUGUGAAAGCUGGGUUAGCUGAGUUAGAGCAAUGGUGUUGUUAUGCGACCGAGGAAUAUGUAGGCUCAGCUUGGGAUGAAUUGAAGCACAUCAAGCAGGCUGUAGGAUUUUUGGUCAUCCAUCAAAAGCCCAAGAAGACCUUGAAUGAAAUAACGAAGGAACUUUGUCCUGUGCUAAGUAUCCAGCAAUUAUACAGGAUUAGUACCAUGUACUGGGAUGACAAAUAUGGCACUCACAGUGUUUCUUCCGAUGUCAUUUCAAGUAUGAGAGUUAUGAUGACGGAGGACUCCAACAAUUCAGUGAGCAGUUCGUUUCUGUUAGACGACGACUCCAGCAUUCCUUUCUCCGUAGAUGAUCUCUCCAAAUCCAUGCAACAAAUAGACGUGGCUGAUGUGGAGCCUCCUCCUUUAAUCCGUCAGAAUUCUGGUUUUCCCUCCUCUUGCCUCGUCAACGUGAGAGGCACGGUUAGGAGGCCGUAG